AUGGAGGCCACUCUUCGAAAGUCCGAGCUGCCCUUUGUCAACACGCCGCCGCGUGUUCUGCGCUCGUCGCCCUCCGACGAGAUGCACGACCUGCUCUGCGUGGGCUUCGGUCCUGCCUCUCUAGCCAUUGCUAUUGCCCUGCACGAUGCCAUGGACCCUGCUCUGAACCGCUCCGCCCCGGCCGGCUUCAAGCCCAAGGUGUGCUUCCUCGAGCGCCAGAAGCAGUUUGCCUGGCACUCCGGCAUGUUGGUUCCUGGCUCGCGGAUGCAGAUUUCCUUCAUCAAGGACCUGGCUACCCUUCGCGACCCCCGCAGCAGCUUCACCUUCCUGAACUACCUGCACAACAAGAACCGCCUCAUCCACUUCACCAACCUGGGUACCUUCCUGCCGGCUCGGAUGGAGUUUGAGGAUUAUAUGCGCUGGUGCGCCCAGCGAUUUGAAAACGUCGUCUCGUACGGCGAGGAGGUCGUGGAGGUGGUUCCCGGCGGCAAGACCGACGGCAAGGUCGACUUCUUCAUCGUCCGCUCACGAAACACCGAGACUGGUGAAAUCUCCUCGCGCAAAGCUCGCAAGGUCGUGGUGGCUCUGGGUGGUAAGGCCAAGAUGCCCCCGGGCUUCCCCCACGAUCAGCGCAUCAUGCACUCGUCCAAGUACUGCACUACCUUGCCGAAAGUGCUGAAGGAUGAGGCCAAGCCCUAUCAUAUCGCCGUGGUGGGCAGCGGCCAGAGUGCCGCCGAGAUCUUCCACGACCUCCAGCGCAGGUAUCCCAACUCGCGCACGACUUUGAUCCUACGUGAUACCGCCCUGCGGCCCAGUGACGACUCUCCCUUCGUGAACGAGAUUUUCAACCCCGAGCGUGUGGACAAGUUCUUCCAAUUGCCGACGGACGAGCGCAACAAGCGCAUUGCGACAGAGAAGGCGACCAACUACAGUGUGGUGCGCCUGGAGCUGAUCGAGGAGAUCUACAACACCAUGUACCUGCAGCGCGUGAAGAACCCCGACCAGACGCAGUGGAAGCACCGCAUCCUGCCGGAGCGCAAGGUGGGGCGCAUCGAGCACCACAAACCUGCCAGUCCCAUGCGUAUUCACCUCAAAUCGAUCAACGACAAGUCCACCGACGGAAAGGAGAUACUGGAGGUGGACGCCCUCAUGGUGGCCACGGGCUACCAGCGCGACGCGCACGAGCAGCUGCUGGAGCAGGUGCGUGCCUUGCGGCCUGCCGGCCAGGCGGCUUGGAACCCUAGCCGGGAUUACCGCGUUACCCUCGACGAUGGCAAGGUCAGCCAGCAGGCUGGCAUCUGGCUGCAGGGAUGUAAUGAGAAGACCCACGGCCUGAGCGACAGCCUGCUGUCCAUCUUGGCGGUCCGCGGUGGCGAGAUCAUCAGCUCGGUGUUCGGAGAGCAGCUGUCGGGAGCUCUGGUGCAGGACACCCGGUUGCGCGCCAUGCUGUGA